AGAACUUACGCUUUUACUCCAAGAGGACGUCCCCACCUCUUCCUUCGGACUUCUUUAACACAAAAUCAAAACUGAGACACAGAAACUUCAGCACGCACAUGCAGGGCAAAGCAGGCGACGGUCAAGACUGUGUUGGACUGGACUGCGCGUUUAUACGUCAGUCUGUCUAGUAGCCGUUACCUAAUUUAAACUGGAGAGACGCUUUUAAGUUUGGAUUGUAUUUUCUCUGUGCAACCAGUCUCUGUGGAGAGUAGAGGCUUUUAUAAAGAAUGCAGUGUGGAAGGGGAAGGCUUUGACAGCUCUUUCUGGUUUUUUUUGUCUGAGUCUCCAAACUGGAACCCGGGCGCUAAUCAAAAGCUCCAAAGGAACAGAUGAGUGAGACCAGAGAGAGAGCAUAGACCAACCAUGUUAUAGACCAGGUCCAGCUCCCAGAGACGCAUGAGGAAGAAUUAAAACAUCCCCGUUCGGCAUUUCUUGUAUUUUGGUAUGAGAGGGAGACAUUGAGAAUAUAUCCAGAAUGGACGUGAAAAGAAAAGAGAUGGACAUUUUGAGCAACAGCAUGGUGGCUUAUGUUCACAUAAGAGAAAAUCUAGAAAGUGUUGGCCUCUACUUUGUGAUUGGAGUAUGCUUUGGCCUGGUCCUCACUUUAUGCCUUCUGGUUAUUCGCAUCUCCUGCAAGCCUCGGACCCAGACGGCACCCUCAACCCCGGAGAAAAAGCACCUGAAGGACAUCAGCGAGGACGAAGAUGACGAAGACAGCGAGGAGGAAGAGAAAGAGGAAGACGACGAGAUAGAGGCAGAAUCGCCCAUUCCCCCAAGCACCACGGAGAUCUCCAUGGGCAACCACCACAGCCAGUCAGACAGGACACUGAAUGUGAACGUGUUCACGUCGGCCGAGGAGCUGGAGCGGGCCCAGCGUCUGGAGGAGAGGGAGAGGAUCAUCCGAGAGAUCUGGAGGAACGGCCAGCCUGAUAUCUUGGGCACAGGGACUGGUACCAUUGGGAGAGUACAUUACUACUAGUGCCCAUUUAGUUUACACUUUUCCGGAGAGGAGCACUAUUCUGAAAGAGGUUACUGAAAGCUCUCCACGGACCAAAAAGAGCACACCUAUACCCUAGCGCUGGAGGACUGUAGUUUUCGUUCCUUUUGUUUUUCCAAUAUAGAAUGAUGAUUUUGACUUGUACAGUAUAAUGGCAGGACUUUGGUGCUAUGUGAGGUUAUGUAACCUUACAUUUGUCCUGUUGAUUGAGGAUGUGGUUGCAGAAUUUCAAGCCAUAUUAAGAUACUGACUCAGUCUACCCCCUUUCCUUUCAUGGGGUCAAAAACUUGAGAGACAGUGUUUGGGUUGGCCUGUGGAUGUACUGUUGCGGUGUGUUUGGAUUCCCAAGGGAUAUUAAGACCAAGUUUAACAAAUGAAUGCACUUUUCCCUCUGCCACCCAGUUUUUGAAGUUAUUACUCUUUUAUUGAACAUGUCUUUGAGGCAUAGCCUUCUUGCUUAAAUUUGAGCUCUCAGUUACUGGACAAUGAAAUAACGACUUGGAGAAAUAGAACUGUCUUUUUUUUUUUUUCCUCACCAUCAGAUUGCAGACUAUUACAGCAAAAAUCAAAAAUCAUAGGAAACGCAGAGAGAAACAUUACGUGCUCAGAGUCUUGACUUCAUCGAAAGUAUUGUGUUAUCACGUGUAAACAUGCUUGGCUUUGACUGCUGGCCUGAUUCCACUCAACCAUUUAAACCUGGACAACAAACCAAUGAAAACCUUCCAAGUGUUGUAAGACGUGUCCCUAUUCUUAGUACAUUCACGAUGAAAACUAAACUAAAUCCAUUUAACAUAGUGAUCAAACGCAGAGGUUAUUUAGCUUACAAAGGCGAAUGAAGAAACUGCUGUGUUCCAGAAUGCUGAGACAGCAGAUGAAAUAAUGCAAUUUUACAUUGCUCCAGUGGAAAAACUUCCAAAUUUGGUGCAUUUUAAACCUCUCUUGUGUGUAUAUCUGUGUUUUAAAUCCAUGGUGACUUCUAACACAAGCAUAAAAAGAAUAUAUUUUGCUAAAAGAACUGGUCGAGCACACAACAAGUAAUUCAUGCCAACCUUAAAUGAAGACAGAUUAAGGAUUGUUUUAUGUUUAUGAGGUAAUUUGAGUGGAACAGUACAGCAAAAAUGUAUGAAUAAAACAGUGUAACCUCAUAAAAUUCUCUUUUGGUCUUCAUAGAUGACACAAUUAAUCUGUCUAUGCUCCAUGUUUCUUUGGAGUCUGUUAAUUCUUAAUUUGCACAGUGAGCCCAAAGCGCAAUUAUAUGCAUUUGAUAAAGAAAAUAUUUGACAACAAUUCAUGUGUUUGAAUAUGAGUAAGGAGGCAGAGAAUGCCAAAAUGUCUUUUUGCACAAU